CGUAUUUGAAACCUAAUAGUAGGUGACGGUUUAGAUAUUUUACCUGUCCCAAGAUGCUCACCCCUGAUUUAAAAACUAACUUUUCUUGGUGAAUAAUUGGUGCGCAGUUCAACAAUACGAACGCGUCCAAUUUGUUGUCUGAAUCAUUUGAACUUUUUGUGCUGAGAAAGUUUCAAAUGGGCGAAGCAGCUGAGAUCUGGAACGCCACAGAAUUGGCUGAUGGAGCUAUCGACGGCGGGACCUCCGGUAUUCCGACGUCGCAUUUUGCCGUCGAUCACUCUCUUCCUAUCCCCGUGAUGAAGCCUCGUCUCGUAGAGCUCUGCAAGGAUCUCUUCAAAAACUGGUCAAAGUUGGAUGAAUCUCAUUUCUCUGUUGAAACUGUAUCUGGUGGCAUCACAAAUCUGUUACUGAAAGUAUCUGUAAGAGAAGACAACGGGAACACGGUGAAUAUGACAUUAAGAUUAUAUGGCCCAGACACAGAGUAUGUUAUUGAUCGUGAGCGAGAACUCCGGGCCAUUCAAUACCUCUCAGCUGCAGGGUUCGGUGCCAAAUUGCUCGGAGUGUUUAAAAAUGGCAUGGUCCAAUCAUUUCUUCAUGCUCGCACCCUAGCACCCUCAGACAUGAGAAAACCCAAGGUGGCAGCUGAAAUUGCAAAACAGCUCCAUGAAUUCCACCAGGUGGAAAUUCCAGGUUCGAAGGAACCCCAACUUUGGAAUGACAUAUUAAAGUUCUAUAAUAAAGCAUCUACUCUUGAGUUUGAUGAUAGUGAGAAGCAGAGGAAGUAUUCAGCAGUUUCAUUUGGAGAAGUGCAACGUGAAGUAACUGAGCUCAAGGAAUUGACAGGGCACCUUAAUGCUCCUGUGGUGUUUGCUCAUAAUGAUUUACUCUGUGGAAACCUGAUGCUAAAUGAUGAUGAAGGAAAACUAUAUUUCAUUGAUUUUGAAUAUGGAUCCUAUAACUAUAGGGGUUUUGACAUUGGGAAUCACUUCAAUGAAUACGCUGGCUAUGAAUGUGACUACACCCUGUACCCAUCUAAGAAUGAGCAAUUUCACUUUUUCCGCCACUACUUAAAUGCCCAACAACCAAAUGAGGUAUCGGAAAAGGAUCUUGAAGCACUAUAUGUUGAGACCAACACAUACAUGUUGGCGUCACAUUUGUAUUGGGCUCUGUGGGCUCUAAUCCAGGCAAAAAUAUCUCCAAUAGAUUUUGAUUAUCUUGGUUAUUUCAACCUGCGGUACAACGAAUACAAAAACAAGAAGAACAAAUGCUUCACCAUAGCAAAAGCCUUCCUCACACAAUCCAAGACGUGGUGAUUGAACUUGUAGUCUUGUACGGAGUAUUAUACGUAAUAUUCUAUUAUAGCACCGGACAUUCAUAAAUGCUGGCUGUGUAAUACAACUAGAAAUACUAUACGUGUUAUCAUGGAUCCAUGAUCUCUGUAUGUUUCAUCCAUCUGGAUCGCAAGUGGGCCCUCUGUAGUGUAUGUAUUAUUAAUGCAAAGUUGCUCCACCGGAUCCAAAGUCCUACUCUAGUAGCCUUGUACGCAUGUAGAUCGUUAGGACAUUAUUUCCACGAUUGUUUUGUAAUAAUCAUACGUUUGAUAAUAGUCUUCUACAUCGGUUAUUAUGUUUGCC